AUGGAAGAAUCUGUAACCCAACCCCCACCACAACCAGUGCUACACAGACCCCCCGGCUACCGAGACCCCAACUCCCAACCCAAACCCAAACCCCAACCAAUGCUACAGAAACCCCCCGGCUACCGAGACCCCAACUCUCAACUGCCGCCUAAGCCCCCGCGAAAGCCCGUCCUCCCACCCUCCUUCCGCCCCAAAACCAAGCGACGGGGCUGCUGCCGCAUAUGCUGCUGCACUUUCUGGAUCAUCCUCCUCCUCCUCCUCCUCGUCUUCGUCAUCGCCGCCGGCAUCUUCUACCUUCUCUACGAGCCCGCCCUGCCGAAGUUCCACCUCGCCUCCUUCCGCGUCCCCAAGCUCAACGUCUCCGACAGCGGCGACGGAGCCUACCUCGACGCCGACACGGCGACGCGGGUGGAGGUGAAGAACCGGAGCGGUAAGAUGUCGUGGCACUUCGGGAAGAUCAAGUUCUCAGUGUCCGCGGAUAACGGGGACCUGCGUCUGGGGUCGUCGAAGGUGGCGGGGUUCACCGUGAAAUCGAAGGGCCUGGCGCAGGUGAAGGCGGAGACGAAAGUGAGGAAGCUUGCAUUGGAUGGCCGGCAGAGGAGAAGGCUUAAGGGGACGGUGGAGAGCAAAGCAUUGAUCCCCACAGUGAGGGUUCGAACCAACACCGGUGUGGGCUUGCAGGGUUGGAAGUCACCCUCCAUCACCAUCACUGUUGUCUGCGGAGGUGUGACCAUGAGGAAACUUGAAAAAGGAGACCCUCCCCUUUGCACCAUCACACUCCUCAAAUGUGAAAAUAUUGCAUAA